UCUUGUUCCCUCCUACAUUUCGCAAGCCAGAGAAGAGAUCUUUGCAGGAUAAAUAGACAAACAAAGUCACGAAACUCCAUUAUCUGGGCAGACUCUGGAUCCACUGUCCACAUCCCACUCUCACAGACACGAGGGCAGAAAGAAUGUCUCCCUUUCUGGCUCUGGGGCUCCUGUUGGCUGGGAUCUGCAGUGUCCACUGCCUCCCGGAGAAUGUGAUGGUGAAGGACCAACACAGAAGGGUGGAUGACCACACAUUAGCCUCCAGCAACACCGACUUCGCCUUCAGCCUCUACAAGCAGUUGGCUUUGGAGAACCCCGAUAAGAACGUCAUCUUCUCCCCUCUGAGCAUCUCCAUAGCCUUGGCCUUCCUGUCCCUGGGGGCCCGUGGCUCCACCCUGACAGAGAUCGUGGAAGGACUCAAGUUCAACCUCACGGAGAUCCAGGAGAAAGAGAUCCACCAGGGCUUCCAGCACCUCCUGCAGACACUCAAUCCAGCCAGUAAUGAGCUGCAGCUGAGCGCGGGCAAUGCCAUGUUUGUGCAGCACCAGCUGAAGCUGCUGGACAAGUUCAUAGAAGAUGCCCGGGUGCUAUAUUCCUCCGAGGCCUUCUCGACCAACUUCGGGGACCAGGAAGCUGCCAAGAGUCUAAUAAAUGGCUAUGUGAAGAAUAAAACCCAGGGGAAAAUUGAGGAGCUGUUCAAGUUCCUUUCUCCAAACACAGUGUUGGUCCUGGUGAAUUACAUCUACUUUAAAGCCCAGUGGAAGACUCCCUUUGACCCCAAACACACUCAGCAGGCAGAGUUCCACGUGAGCAAGAACAAGACGGUGGAGGUGCCCAUGAUGAGCAUUGGCCUGGAAACCCCUUACUUCCGGGACGAGGAGCUGGGCUGCACGCUGGUGGAGCUCACGUACACCAGCAAUGACAGCGCCCUCCUCAUCCUCCCCGACGAGGGCAAAAUGCAGGACCUGGAAGCCAAGCUGAACCCGGAGACCCUGACGAGGUGGCGAGGAUCCCUGCAGCCCAGACAAAUACACAAACUCUACCUGCCAAAAUUUUCCAUCAAGAGUGACUAUGAGCUGAAUGACAUCCUCUCCCAGCUGGGUAUUAAGAAAAUCUUCACCGACCCUGACCUGUCAGGAAUCACAGGGACUGGGAACCUGGCAGUCUCCCAGGUGGUCCACAGCGCUGUGCUGGACGUGGACGAGGAGGGCACGGAAGGAGCUGCUGCCACGGGAAUGGGCAUAGUAGCAACGUCCUUUCGGAGAACCAUUGUGCGUUUCGACAGGCCCUUCCUGAUUGCCAUAGUUCUCAAAGACACCCAGAGCAUCAUCUUUCUGGGGAAAGUCACCAACCCCAGUCAAGCCUAGAGCUCCGCUCUGAGCUCUGGGUGCCCUCCCUAAGGAGUGAGGUGCCCAGAUCCCUGGGUGCAGCCUGGGCCCCGGGCACUGAGGAUCCGCCCGGCCUGUCCCCCCUGCUCGCCUCUGGGGAGGUGGCAGUGAGUCUCCUGGGUGCUCCACAUGCACAGGGAGUCUGUGUCCUCUGGGUCACCUCUGCUGUGAGGCUGCACCCAUCACGGGAACUUGGCUUAUGACCUUUCAGAUGUCGUGAUGGCUACUUCAUUAUGGCUAGAGUGGUUUUAAAUGGUAAAUCUAUUUAAUAAUACAAAUUAAUAGAACUCUCCACUUUAAUGCAGCAUGAACAGAAAAGUUAAUAUGUGCUCAGCAGAUAGAAUAUUUGCAAAAUGUUCACUGUGGAGCAUCCACUUCACGCUGAGGAUGCAAUACAAAUUGGGUAACAAAGCACAGUCUCUCCCUCAACGACUUUUUUGUUUUCAUGGAAAAAUUCAGACAU